CAGGUAUGUUCACUCAUAAACUUUAGAUCAAAAGUUUGAGAAGACUCAACUGCGUUGAUCUGCAGAUGAACUCUGGACUAAUGAACUGUGCAGCAGAAGCUUCCUGUUCAGAGCAAAGUUUUCUACUGGUUGAACUGAUCUAGGAAAGAGACACGUUUCUUGACUUCCUUAUUUGAAGUGGAAACAUUCAGACUCAAUACAAUGCUCUGAGCUCCAUGCCGAAACAAGAAUGUCUAUGAUAUUGUGCACCUAAGUUUUUGAGGAAAUAAAGAAGAAUAUGUCUGAAAACCACCUGUGACCCUGUCAGCUUCUGUUAAAGGCUGGAGGUUGUACAUAAGACUAAAAAUGAGUCAAGAGGGACAAGAAAACCAGGGGACAGGACUGAGAGAUGUCCUCGACAUACUAGUUAAAGCACCUCUGCAGCAACUGCUGAGCCUGACAUUCCAGCUGGGUGAGUCACCUGAAGAUAAUAUCGUCCACGCCAUGUGUCUGAUUGUACUCGAGAAAGAGGAGCGGGCCCUGGACAAACUCCAGAUGCUGAAGAACAACUACCUCGCUAAACAUCUAGCAGAAACGUGGCAGAGGAGUGGAGGCAAAUUAGCUGAUUUUGUCAUUCAUUGUGGUCAAGAGCUUACGGGAGACUCUUUGUCAGCACUGGCUCGUGUUUUUAAGGUGUUGUCAGAACAAAGACUGUGUGAUGAACGUCUUAGAAACCUGGCAUAUAAGAGAGCCCUCUACAGUGAAAGAACACGCAGUUGUGAAGAUCUGGAUCAACUCCGAGAGGAAGCUAAAGUUGUCUGUGGGCCUGAGUUUGCGGAGUGGAUGAUCUCGUCAAAGGAUCUCAAGACGGGGUCUUACCAUGAUCCUCUUAGCAGCCUGGAUGAAGGAAACACAUCUUUAAAAGUUACCCUGUCUCAGGAUCAGCCAGAGAGAACUCACAGUCUGCCCAGCCCCCUGCAGACGACCUCUUCAAUGCCCUCAUACCCCACUCAUCUGGAGAUAAGUAUCCCUGCAACAGCCUUGUUUCAAGACACCAAAAUAACUCCAGAAUCCAAACAAAAUGUCCUUGCUUUAGGUGAAUGUGAAGCAAAAAGUAUGCCUGGGCAGUUUAACAAAUCUCAGCCUAAACCCAAUGACCCCGAAGCAAAUAAACACUCAAAGAGGGAUGAAUCAUUAGCCGCAGAGAGCAGUAAGUCGGACAGCUUUAUCGCUCAGAAUGAGACUCUUAACCAAACCACCAAGCCAACCACUGACCCAAACUUUGCACUACCCACUGCUACAAACUUUUUUCUACCCAAGAUGCCUGUUCCAGAGGAAUCGCAGGAAAGUAAAGACGCUUAUGAGGAAGACGAGGCAAGAUUUUAUGCAUUUGUUAUCUUGCAUGCACCAGAGGAUGUAGAUGCGGCUGAGAGCAUGAGGGAGAAACUGGAAUCGUAUGUUGGCAUUGAUGAAGGUGCAACUUAUUCUGGGGACUUUGAGAUCCCUGGAAAGAGCACCCUCAGGAGUAUUGAGGAUGCUAUCAGCAACUCGGCCUUCACUCUCCUGCUGCUCACCCGCAACUUCAACACUCGCAUGCUGGAGAUGGAGACAGACUCGGCCCUUAUCAACUCCAUAAACAAGAAAUACAAGCACAACACUGUUAUCCCACUGCUGCCACGGGAGAACUGCAUGCCCAAACAGAGUCUCCCUAUGGUCUUGCAGACGAUAAUUCCACUUGUGGAGGACAAGAGCUUCGGGAGGAAAAUACAAAAAACGCUGUCACCGGCGAAGAUUAAAAACCAGAGGAAAAUCUGGACCGCACAGCAGAAAGUGAAAAUGCAGAUAGAGAGACAGGAGAGACUAAAGAAUGUAAACCAGUACCACAAGCAGUUGAUCACAGAGUGCACAGCAGCAGAGUUGCUGGAGAAAGAGAAGAUAAGCCUUUUAAUGCAACAGAAACUUAUUAUCACCCCAUCAGCACAGGACGGUGGUGACGGCAGGCUUCAGUUGCAACAACAACCAAAUAUUCACAUCGAAAAUGCUCAGUACAUUAUGAUUGGUAAUGACUCUCAAAUGACUGUAGGUGCAGGUCCAGGUACAGAUGAUUCACCUCACAAAGAGGAGGAGCAGUAACCUUAACAAUGAAAAAAAAAGACAUUUUUUGGAGUCAAUUGUAGAAAAUGGGAGAAUAACCAUGUUUCUUGUCCGAACACUAAAGCUGUUAUGACCACUGUCCCAUAUUCACUGCUGAUAGUUUCAUUUUAUUUACACCUCUUGGUGAUAGAAAAUUCAAUAAAACUGUCAAAAGAGCAAUUAAGUGCCACUUUAAAGAUUUUAGAGAACGCUCUGAAGAGAGUCCGUUGAGCAGAAUGAGGGCCUUGGAUGAAUGUUUAGCUGAUGACUGCCAUCUAUUGACCCACUUGUGAUGUGUGCUCUGAACAGCUGUAUGAACCCACCGUUGACACUAGGGAGCGAUGUUGUUAUUCACUCACUCACUGCUCCCCUCUGCUCCCUACUGCUCUUCACAAGUUCUUUGAAGUGCAGUGUCAUCCAAUGGCAUAAUUGCUCUGAAAUGUGAGCUAAACAAGGUUAAAUAGGAUCUUAAUUGUAAUUCUUUCUAUAUAAUUCAGGCGUGUGUGUGUGUGUGUUGUGUGUGUGCAGAUUUAAAUCACUGUGUGAUGGUAAUAGGAACUGUAAAACUUUGGUUUUGGUGUUCAAUUGGGAACUUGAUCUUUUUUAAGUGUUAUUUUUUAAGGAAAAAAGACAAACAUUUGCUGCUUUCAUGCUAAAUGUGAAAGGUUGAUGACUCUCUGUGUUUCUGUCAUUUUACUGACACAAAAAUUAAUAGAAGAAUAUAACUGACAGAUUAGUGGAAAAUGAAAAUAAUAAUUAUUUACAGCUUUAACUUUAAAUGUUAUCAUUUUUCUGACCUCGACCUUUAUAUCAUCUCAUCAUCUUCCUGUCUCUGUGAUAACUCUCUCAUGUUUGUAGUUAUUGAGGACAACAGCAGCAAACGUCACCAAAAUGUCAGACAGACAAAAAAUCAUUGAUUUACCAGGAAAUAAUAAAACAUAUAUCAACUGUGUUACUGAUCAGCUAAGGUUUGUGCUUAACUUGGACCUACUGCAAGUUAAACCCAAAACCAUGUUUCUCUGACUUUUUUUUGCUCAUAAGCCAAACUGUACCCUGAGAUGCACAGACAGGCUGCUCUUAAUAGUUUGGACUGAAUGUUAAUCAUUCUUUCUGUAUUUUUUUUUUAUUUUUUUUUUUUACAUUUUUGUUGAUUAUUGUCUUUUAUUUCCUCUUAUAAUGUUCAUUUCUACAAAUAUUUUUUAUCAGGUAUUUCAUUCCUUGUGUAUUGUUUUCUGAUGCACUUGUAACCUUUGAAGCUGCUUAAUCAUUACAUUUUUAUUUUGUAGACCCAUCCAUAUUGAGAAAGACGCUAUAAUGACAACCGGAGUCUCUUCAUGACUGGUACUGUGUAACGCGUAUGUGUGUGUGAACAUUUGUUUUCUACUCAAUCUCUGCUGUAACUGCUUAUUUUGCCUUUCAUCAGCGGUGUAAUAAGUAUUCAAAUAUUUUAUUGAGCAAAUGUAGCAAUAUGGCAAUGGAACAUGUUCAAUUAUUGAUCAACACUCUGCAGUCAAACUUUCUAGUCAAGUUAAAGAAACUACUAAAAUAAGAUAAUAAUGAUGAUUUACUAGUAACCACAGUUUUAGGGGUUAGGCACAAAAGUUUACUGUGUUUUUGUAUGUCAGUCGUCGCUUACUCUUGUUUGUGUGACCUAAUUUAGCCUAAAUGCAUUUGUAUCUAGUUCUUGCUUCUUUUCAAGUACAUUUCUGAUUUUGAUGUUUAGUGGUGUAAAAGGCAGCAAGGAUACUCAACUUGAAUUACCCGGGGGCCAUUUUUGAAACUGAUAACUAACAAACAUAGCUAAUAAAAAUGCCCAUUACCCAUCUUUCUAUGAAUUUAUUUAUUUUUUUAAAACAACAGACUU